UGUAAAAGUAGUAAAAAUUUGGUUUCUGCGUUGUCGUCAUAUAUGACGCCGCUGUACCCUUUACUAUUUAAACAAAGUCUACACCUGGUUAUCAAAACAGUACUUGAUUUUCUAACCUUAAAUAUGUAUCAAUGUUUUGUAAAACCCUUUUGUCACAAACGUGACACUACAAUAAUGGAUGAGAAACUUGAGAAACAUUAUGAUAAUUGGGAAAGCUAUUUGAGAAGGGCCAAAAUUGAUUUCGAAACUCGACUUCAAUCCACUAUUACAAUAACUGCUGAGUUUGAAGAUUUUAAAAUAUUGAAAGUUAUAGGAACAGGUUCAUUUGGAAAAGUUGUUUUAUGCAAAUACAAAGGAACUGAUUCAUUGUUUGCUAUGAAGGUAAUGGAAAAAGUAAAUGUGGUCAGAACUAAACAAGUUUUCCAUACUAUUUCGGAAAUUCGGUUUUUAGAUGCAAUAAGAUUUCCAUUCAUUAUAAGUCUGGAGUUUUUUUUCCGGAACAAUGUUUAUUUAUUUCUUGUAAUGCCAUUUAUAAAUGGAGGUGAAAUGUUUUAUCAUCUUAGAACGGCUAAAAAAUUUGAUGAAAAUUUAUCAAAAUUUUAUGCAGUGCAAGUACUUUUGGCACUUGAGUACUGCCACAGUAUGGGUGUUGUUUAUAGAGACUUAAAACCUGAAAAUAUAUUAAUAGAAUCAAGUGGUUACUUAAAAAUUACUGAUCUGGGAUUCUGCAAGAAAAUAGAAAAUCAAAGGACGUACACUUUAUGUGGUACUCCCGAAUAUUUAGCACCCGAAAUAAUUCUCAGCCAGGGUUACAACUACUCCGUUGACUGGUGGUCUUUUGGAGUACUACUUUUUGAAAUGUCUGCAGGAUUUCCGCCUUUUUGCGCAAAGGAUCACAUGAAACUGUAUGAAAAAAUAGUAGCUGGAAAAUAUAUACACCCUCCUCACUUUUCUAGAGCACUCAAAGAUUUAACCACUAACAUAUUGCAAAUUGACAGGAGUAAAAGAUAUGGAGUUAUGAAGGCAGGUUCGAAAGAUAUAAAGUCACAUGAAUGGUUUAGAGGUCUAGACAUUGACAAUAUUUUUCAAAAGAAAGUGAGACCACCUUUUAUACCACAAGUACAAAGUCAAGGAGAUACGAAAUAUUUUGAUAAUUAUGGAAAUAUCAAUUUGCGUCAAGGGUCAUUUAAUGAAUACGAGGAAGAGUUUCAAGACUUGACCCUUAGGAAAAAAGGUGAUCGAACAGUUAUGAUUAAUCCUCCUACAGGCUACCUAAAAUGAAUUCAGACUUGAUGUAAAUAUGAAAACUAUAUAAGUACACGAUGAAAACUUUUACAUUUAUAUCUGUACUGAAAUUAUAACUUAUUUGGAGAUCAUUUAAAGUUAUUUCUGAAGAAGAAAUUUGUUUUCAUACAUAAGUCCAAGACCAGUAGCAACAAUUAUUAUUGUG